GAUAUGGCGGCCCCCACAAAUACCCUCCUCAUUGAGGGUACCUUCUCUGAGCUUGCGGAGGAGUUGGCUCACUAUGUCGACACCAUCCGCAAAACUCAAACCGAGGGCUCUAUCCACGCGGAAAUCGCCCCCGCACUCGACAAGUUACGCGAACAGGAGCAGUCGGAGGAGGAGCCCAAGCCAGCCCAGCAACAGCAGAUCUUAAAGGAAAGAGAUGAGGUGUUGAAGAAGUUGGUUGUCGCAUCUGCAGCGCUGAAUGCGGCGCCUGAGAAAGAAAUCACCGCCGCAUAUAACCUCGUCAUUCACCUUGUCCGCCAGUCCUCCAACCCGGGCAUGUUCUUGCCUCGAAUUUGCGCUUUUCUCGCCAAACCAUUCCCCUCGUCCCCUCAGCAUGGACCGUCUAUUGCCCUCUCCAUCCUCAGCACCAUCUUUAAUACCCUUGCACCCUCCGAUAACAGCAGAUAUCAUGUCUUCCUUGCCAUUUUGGCCGUUAUCCGCACCACCUCCUCUGUCAUGGCGUUCGAGGCUCUUAAGACUCAACUUAGGAACCAGCUCUCCAGUUGGAUUGCGACGUGGAAUCUUGAUGAAGAAGAUGUGGAAAAGUUGCAUUUGGCUGUUGCAGAUGCGGCAAAGAAGGCCGGUGAUGAGGAGAUGUCGUACAACCAUGUUAUCCUAGCAUUACAGGCCAUCCCACCUUCGGAGGCGUCGUCGAACGAAGCCCGUGAGUUGGCUGUGCGGGCCUUGAUCUCGGCUCUCACUUAUCCGUUUGUGUUCGACUUUACUCCUUUGACUUCAAGCGAUGCUAUUCAGAACCUACGAUCGGCGGAGCCUUCUUUGUUCGAACUCCUCGAGAUAUUCGCUUCUGAUACGCUCGACGCUUACGAAGAGUUUAUCAAAUCUACACCUCUCUCGUCCAUGCACAACCUUGCGGAGUCUGCUGAGAUUUUGCAGAACAAGAUGCGAGUUCUUACGCUUGCUAGUCUGGCUGCAUCGACUCCUUCUCGCUCAUUACCGUAUGACUCGAUUUCUAACGCUCUCCGAAUUCCACGUGAGGACGUUGAGAAAUGGGUCAUUGACACGAUCCGUGCCGGCCUUGUGGAGGGCAAGUUGAGUCAGCUGAAAGGCGAAUUCCUCGUUCACAGAGCGACAUACCGUGUCUUCGGUGAAAGGCAGUGGGCUGAGGUUCAGGGACGAUUGAUGGUCUGGCGAAGAAGUUUGGAGAAUGUGCUUGGUGUCAUUCAUUCAGAAAAGGAGAAGUUUGUUCGGGAGGGUAUUGCGGCAGCCAACGCCGCCGCCGAGUCUGGCCGGGAAGGCGGUGCUCGGGGAGGUGCAGGGGAAAGAAGACGGGGAGGUGGUGGUCACCAGGGACCUCGGGAGGUUGAUUUAGUUGGCGGCGACUAAAAAGGGAUGGCGAUAUCACUGGCGUUCUUGUGUUCCGACUUUCGUUUUUAUUUUAUUUUCUCGCUGGUUACGUCUCUGCUAUGCUUUAUGUCUUCCCCAUUUUAGUAAUUUCUUUCCCGGAUGCGACGAGAUAGAUAAGGACGUGAACACG